GCGCGCGCGGCGUUCCGGGGGGGAGCGCGCGGCUCGCAUCUUUUGUGUGUGUGUGUGUGUGUGAGCGCGCCGGGCGGGCGGGCGGCUCGCCCCUCGGCGGGGCCGCGCGGGGGACGGCUCUUUGUGCGCGCGCCCUGCCCCCAGCCCGCCGGGGGACAAUGUCUCAGCCCCGAGGCAAGAAGAGAAACCCUGGGCUGAAAAUUCCUAAGGAAGCAUUUGAGCAACCACAGACAAGCUCCACGCCACCCAGAGAUCUGGACUCCAAAGCCUGCAUCUCUAUUGGUGAGGAGAACUUUGAGGUGAAGGCCGAUGACCUGGAGCCCAUCUCGGAGCUGGGCCGGGGCGCGUACGGCGUGGUGGAGAAGAUGCGGCACAUGCCCAGCGGGCAGAUCAUGGCAGUGAAGCGGAUCCGAGCCACGGUGAACAGCCAGGAGCAGAAGAGGCUGCUGAUGGACCUGGACAUCUCCAUGAGGACAGUGGAUUGUCCCUUCACUGUCACCUUUUACGGGGCACUCUUCAGAGAGGGAGAUGUGUGGAUUUGCAUGGAGCUGAUGGAUACCUCACUGGACAAAUUCUACAAACAUGUCAUUGACAAAGGCCUGACGAUUCCCGAGGACAUCCUGGGGAAAAUCGCAGUCUCUAUUGUAAAAGCCCUAGAACAUCUCCACAGCAAGCUCUCCGUGAUCCACCGAGAUGUAAAGCCCUCUAACGUGUUGAUCAAUACGCAGGGGCAGGUGAAAAUGUGCGAUUUCGGGAUCAGCGGUUACCUCGUUGACUCUGUGGCUAAAACCAUGGAUGCAGGAUGCAAACCCUACAUGGCUCCGGAGAGAAUCAACCCGGAGCUGAACCAGAAGGGAUACAGCGUCAAAUCGGACAUCUGGAGCCUGGGCAUCACCAUGAUCGAGCUGGCCAUCCUGCGCUUCCCCUACGACUCCUGGGGCACUCCCUUCCAGCAGCUCAAGCAGGUGGUGGAGGAGCCCUCCCCACAGCUCCCAGCAGAGAGGUUCUCAGCAGAGUUCGUCGAUUUUACCUCGCAAUGCUUGAAGAAGAAUUCCAAAGAACGGCCAACAUACCCAGAGCUUAUGCAACAUCCUUUCUUCACCCUGCACGAAUCCAAAGAGACAGACGUCGCCUCUUUUGUCAAGCUCAUCCUGGGAGACUGAGAACUGGACUUGGAAAAGAAUUGCCCUUCUGUGGACUGGUGGGUGCAGGGGAGGGGCACGUGGCAGGACUUGUCAUGGAAGCACCAAGAGAAAGGGUUUUGCUUUGGUUUGGUUUGGUUUUAUUCUGAGAAACCCCCGCCUCGCCCGAGUUUUUUGAAAGGGUUCUUUGGUAUCCAUAGUGACACAGAACGAGCUGGUUAGUGGGAUGAAUUUUAAUGAGGUUGGUAACCUUAAAACAAAAAGCAAAACGACAACAACCUUUUUUUUUUUUUUUUUUGAAUGAGUGAUUUACAUAUUUAAUGACAGUCGAGGUUCCUCUUCCUAACUUGCUCCUCAUCCCCCUUCCCUUCCCCUUGAACCAGAAUUUGCUUUGUCAUGGUAAUAGGUGCUAUGGUAGUCAUGAAGUUGUAUGUAGAUUUAUAUUUUGUCCCUUCCAUUAUUUUAAUAUUUAUGUUAAGUGCUUGAUGGAAUAGAUUUCUGUUUUAUAUGAGGAUGAGUGCGUGGUGAUGAUGAUGAUGAUGAUGAUGAUGAUGCAAAAUGAGGCCACAGCAAGCAGCACUUGCAGGGCUUUGCUGGGGAAGAGGUGUCUGAGGAGAGGGGAGAGCAGAGGAGAAGUGUCCCUGUUGUGGAAUAUAUUUAAUGUGCAUCAUAAAAGGAAUUGAUGAGCAAGACUUGCAGCUCAGCUGCUCGAGCUGUGCCAGGGAGGGAGGCCCUGGUGUCCCCUGUGUCACCUCCUGGUGUCCCCUGUGUCACCUCUUCUCCAGACACCACGCUCUGAGUCCAGCUGGUGCUGCUUGGGCUGGGCCAGCCCCAUCCCACCCCCUGCCCUGCUGCAGGGGCAGGCUGGGAGCUCUGGGAGUCCCUGGGACAGUGUCUGGGACAGAAGAGGAGGGAAGGGAGGGGCUGUCAGAGGAGUUGCACAAAGAAGAGGAGGAGGAGGCUGCCCUGGUCCGUGCCUGCCUGCCCAGCAGCGUUGCAGUGCCCGAGGCUCCCUUGGGCUGGGGAUGAGCUGCUUUGGGCUCAGUGGGAGCUCCUCUGUCCUCCUCGGGGUGGGACAGGAUCACAGGGUGCACGCUGUGACACCCCUAAGAAGGGGGUGCUUCAGAGCUGGUUGCCAGGGCUCCUGGCACUGCUUUCCCUCCCUGCUUGCCCACAGGGUCUGGCAGUGCCAGCGCUGCCAGGAGCCCCUGCUGGCACGUGGACUGGGCUGUGCCAGCCCCAGCUGGGCACUGCAGGCAGCCAGCAGCUCUGGGCUCUGCCCUGGCUGCACGUGGGAGCUGCAGCCUGGGAAACCACGCAGGGACACCACGGCCCACCCUGCCCAGGAGCUCCUCGCUGCUGGCAGGGUCCUUGGGGACAAGCUGCAAGCCAGGGGCAGGAGAAGGAGGCUGGUGAGGUGGGAGAGGAGCUGGAGGUCCCUCUGCCCUGGGGUCAGUCACUGGCUGGAGCAGGGGGCACUGGGAGUGUUGCUGAGCCCGGAGCAAGGCUGCUGGCUCCAGGCUAACGCUGCUUUGAGCCCCAGCUGCCUGAGCUCCUCUGCCUUUGCCCUGGCUCCUUCCCCCAGCCCUGCACUGGGGCCUGCCUGUGCAGCUGGGGGGCUGCACAAGUGCCUCGUGCCCCUGCACGCGCUUCCGUCCCUGGCUGGGACAGCCCCUCAGAGCCAGGUCUGAGCAGAAACACACCCUGCCCUGCAGGCUGAACCUGUGCAGGUGUCACUGACCCUGGGCAGGUGUCACUGACCCUGGGCAGGUGUCACUGAAUCUGUGCAGGUGUCACUGACCCUGCCCUGCAGGCUGAACCUGUGCAGGUGUCACUGACCCUGGGCAGGUGUCACUGACCCUGCCCUGCAGGCUGAACCUGUGCAGGUGUCACUGCCCCCGUGCAGGUGUCAUUUCACCCUGCCCUGCCAGGUUAGCAGCUCCAGACUCUGGUGCAGGCUGGAGCAGUGUGAGGGGAUUUUGGGAAGGGAUCCCCUGGCAGGGCAGUGUUCAGAGCACGGCUGGGGGGUGGUGGCACCUCCUGUGCUGGGGACAUGCCAACCCUUCAGAGAGGCACACAGACACCCCACCAGUGCCUGGGCUGCCACUGGUGCUGUCACUGCCACCACAGGCUGGGGUGCCUGGGCUGCCACUGCCACUGCCACCACAGGCUGGGGUGCUGCAGCUCUGCCCUGGGCUGCCCCUGUCACUGUCACUGCCACCACAGGCUGGCAGGGACACUGGGGUGCUGCCCCUCUGCCCUGGGCUGGCACUGACAGGCAGGGCAGCGUUUGUGGGGUUUCUCAAUGCUGCUGCAGAGCAGGGCUCACAGAGGGCAGGCAGGAGUCAGGGUGCCACUCCCAGGUCGUGCAGGCUUUGGGGAGGAGGUUCCCCUUGCUCAGCCCUGCCCCAGGAGCCUGCCCAGCCCUGGGGGAAGGACAAGCUCCACGCCUCACCCUGUGCCCAGGGGAACCUUUCAGGUUACGUUUUGUGGCGGGUGAAACUCGAGGAUGUUUUACUUCACAGUGGGAUUUCAAGAGGCCUCGCAUGGCUCAUGAUCUGCCCUCUCAUAUUCCAUGGUGUGUGUGUGUGUUUUUGCUCUCUCUCACUUUCUCAGAGUCACAGAGCUGUUUUGAUUGAUUGUCCUCAGCUGCAGCUGAAAGUCCAGCCAGCCAGUUUAUAGACUUGGUUCCAGCAUCAAUUCUCACUUUGAAAAACAUGACAUUUAAAACCACCCUUUGGUUUUCCUACAUAUGGAUCUGAUGCUUUUGUUCAAGAUUGUUUUUGCUGCUUUCCCCCUGCAAUAUAAGUCUCAUUUGGACACCGCAUCUCCUUGACCUCAGAGCACCUUCAUUUCAGUGCCAUGCUAAUUGACAGGUUGAAUUUAUGAGACACUGUCAGGGCUCAGUAUUAAUAGCAGAUAUUAAUGUCACCAGCGUUUUCCAACAGAGAAUUAAUGGCAGUGCUGUCUGCAGCUGGUAACCCUCUGAAAGGAUUCCUCUGGGCCUCCACACAGGCCCUGCUUUUCUGCUUUCUGCUCUAACCCCUUCCUUUUAAUGACAUUACAACAGGGCACUCAGCAAAUCCCUCCCCUUCCCUGCUCCUUCUCCAGGACUUUGUUCCUUUCCAAGCGGUUUGUGUGAGCCCAGAGUAAGUGUGGAGCUGUCUGAGGGUGGGAGGUGCUGGGAGAGGUGCCCGGUGCCGAGGGGAGCUGUCCCUGCAUCCCUCGUGGGGGACACAAAGCUUGGCCUGACCCAGGAAUUCCUUAGAGAGCAGCCUGAGCUCGGUGGCUUCAGCUCAGGGAGGAGAGCCAGGGACUCCUGUGUGCCUCAGAGCCCUGCUGGGCUGCAGGGUGAGUCAGCUCUUCUCUCUGCUCUUUAGUUGGCACCUCUGUGAGGAUGAGAAGCCUUUGGUUGCUGCUCAGGUCGUUGUUUGGCCAGACAGUCUCUGGGAAACCUUUCCUGACAGCCUGGCCCCCUGAGCAGCCCAGGGAUGGAGGGUCAGGGAUGUUCUUCACCAGGGAGUUCACACAGCACAGGGCUUGGGACCGCCCCAAACUGGGAAUUUCAGAGGAGCAGAUCUCAAAUGCCAUAAACCUGGAAGGACCCCAAAGCCAGGCAGCAGAGAGAGAGCAGAGCUGCUGGGGGCUGGCCCAGCUGUGGGUGGCUUUGCAGGGCAGGGAGGGCCUCUCCAGGCUGCCACAGCCCAUCCCAGGGAUCCCCAGGGGUGAUGUCCCUCCUCCUCCUCCUCCUCUUCCCCCCACUGCACAGCCCCUGCAGUCUCCAGGGUGCUGCAGGCCUUGCCAUGGUGGAGCUCUGAGGUGUCACUGGUGGCAAAGACGUUUUCUGGGUCCCCUUUGGACCCUUAAAUCUGAAAGAGGAGUCGGGGGGCAUUUUCUGGUUGCUGUUUUUAAACACCAGGUUCAUGCUGCUGCACUGGGUGCAAUGCCCAUCUUUCCUGGAGCUCUUCCAGGUGUACAAACCUUGACACAGAUAUCUCUGUACUGUAUUUCUCUGCUUUUCCCUGGCUUUGGAUGAGUUUACUGGUGACAAAGAGGCAGCUCUGACUUGUUAAAGAGGUGAAACCCCAUUUCUGGAGGCAGGUGAGUGACACAGGAGGCAGUUGGUGGGUCCCUACUUGGAAAAAAAUCUCUGAAACAAUCUCAAUUCUCAGCCCUGUGGUUGAGCAGGUGCUGCUGGGUCAGUGCUGCUGCACCUUGUCCAGGUGGGAAGGGGCUGCCAGGGGCUGAGGGCACAGCCUCAGCUGGCAUUUCUCCGUGCUUGCUGCCAGCCAGGUGUGUGGCUGCACAUUUCCCUUCUUCCCUACACGCUCUGGAAGAGGAAAUCCUGCUUGGUCAACACAGCUUUGCUUCAGUGGCUGCUCUGGUGUGCUUCAGACAAGGUUCCCACCAGCUCCCACGUUUAAUAAAUCUUUUCUAUUCAAAACAACCCCCAAACUCCUCUCUCAGAAAAACCAGCCAAGAUGCUCCUUUAUUAUUUUAUUUUUUCUUCCCUUUCCAUCUUGUUCCUGUUAGAGGAACUCUGGGAGCCUGUCUUGGUGCUUUCACUCUUUCACAUGCCAAAGAUCCCUCUUAGUUAUGCUCCUGCCAAACCAGAUCUUACAGUCUUGCCUCUGAAACCAUCCCCUUCCCUGCUCCUUGGGGUUCCUUUUGUUGCUGUUGCUUUUUCAUUGAAUUUCCUCGUGUUUAUUGACAUGUCUAUUGUUGAGCUUCCUGGACACAUGCAGCUCUCUUUUUUUGGGAUACAGGGAAAGACAAAUAGUUGCCUUCACUUCUGUGCCCCUGCUGUUGUGUCAGUGCUGUGGUUGCUGCAGAUGGGAUGGCUCAUGUGGAGCUGGGGUCAUGGAGGGUGUAAACUGGCACUGCUGCACUGCCUGGCCUGGAGGAAGGCCAGUUUGGUCCAGCUGAGAAUCUGUCCUGAGUGUCUAAACAGCUAUUGCACACUAAUAAAGAUGGAUGAGCACAAAUCCCCAGGGACUGGACAGAAAAUGGCAAGUUUGGCUGGUUUUGCUCGUUAAUCUUUAUUGCCAUGGUAAGGUUGUUGGUGUUAGAGCAGGCUCCUCUCUCUGCUCUGGAAGUGCCCACAGGAGGGGGCUGAGCCUGGGGAGAGGAAGGGUGGUCAGAACUCACAGAACACACCAGAUGUCCCCAUUUCACACCCUGUGUCCUGCCCCAGGCUCCUGGUUUCCUUGAAAGCCCUUAAGCAGCAGCUGAGGAUGGAUCCCAGAGCUUUGCCUGCUCCUCUGGCCUCUGCCUGGGCUGUAAACCCCAGAUUGUUUCAGGUGAGAAGGGAUCACAUCUCCUCGUUAAUCUUUCAGCUCAGCCUUUCCUGGAGCAGAUGGAGAAUGUGAAAUUUGCCCUGUGCUCUGCAGAGCUGGGAGAUUCUCCCCUGGAUCAUGCUGGAGGAGUGGCACCUCUGCUCAAGGCUGAAAGGACUCUGCUCCUUCACAUCACCCCCCUCCAUAAAAACAGUGGCUUUUGCUAAUAAAUAGAAAAAGCUGCAUCCCAGAUUGGAGGUGUUUGCAGAUGAAUAAACACAGCCAGGAGCUGCUGGUGCAGUGCUGCAGGCACAAAGGUCCAUUGCUGGAUAAAUGGAAAGGACUCUGAGAGUGCAGUGAGCUUCAAGGGUGGAUUUGAUGGCCUGGGGACAAAAUGAGUGCUCUGAUGGCAGCUGCUGUCAGUCCACUCUGCAGGAGAGGCAGGACACAGCCUGAGAGCAGCCUGGCUGCCCUUGCCCUCCCCCCAUCUUCCUUCAGACCCACAUUUGUGGGAACUGGGUCCCACUGAUCCCCAGCUCCAGCAAGGGGAGAAAAAUCUGAAACCCAAAAGAAACCCACAGGGAAAACCCUGCAGGUGACCCAAGGCACGCUGCUGCUGCUGUGUGGCCUUAAGAAAAGGGAAAAGCCUGGAAGGUUUUUCCCUUUUAAAAAAAGGGAACAUCCUGGAGGUGUCUGGAGCUGAGAGAGAAGAGGGGAAGUUUCAAGGUGGUCUCAACCAGCUUAAUGCUGGAAAUCCCCAUUUUCAGGCCAGCAGGAGGAGGGAGUUCACCAGGGACAGCCAGGGAGCAGCUGGGGCUGCAGGAUGGAUGGGGAUGGUUUCCCUCUAAAAGAGAACAUUCACCCGUCUCAGAGUGUCCCAGAACACCCAAAAACCUUCAGCAUUUUUAUGUUUUUGGGUUUUUUUCAGGGUGGAUAGUGUGAAAAGUCAGAAAGGGCCAGGUGUCCUUGAUUUGUGUCCUUCAGAGCAGCCCUGGGAUGCUGCAGAGCUCCGGGCCUCUGUGCACCCCUGACAUCCUGGGCUCCUUCAUAUCUUCAUUUUCAUGUCAAAAUAUUUCUCAUCUCUUGAUUUUCAUGGGAUUUUACUCACAGCCAGCAGGAAGGGGAAGGGGCCUGCAGUCCAUGGAGGGCUUUGGGGGAGGAAGGAGCUGCCUGUCCUCUCCAGUUCCCUGCUCCCUAAUUCCCCAGCUGGGAAUCAGCUGCACAGCCACCCUGCAGGAAUUUGCUGCCCUUUGGGAAUGCUGGGCAGCUCUGGAGCUGCAGCAGCCCUGCUGUGAGGUGGCUGAGCCCAGCCAGCAGCCAGGAUGAGCCACAAUCCCUUCCUUGGGAGGCUCCUGGUGUUUGCAGGACGGGGCGAGCGUCCAGCGGCCGCGAGGUUCUGCGGGGAUAAGCUUGGAAGUGGAGAUGGAAAUCUCAAAAGCUCAGACAUCCUUUGGCCAUUUCCAGAACUGCCUGGUGUUAGCCAGACCUGAAAACCCUUCCUAGGAGUUUGAUUUCGGGGUAUUUUGAUCUGUUACUUUCGCUUUUGGGCUUAGCUAAAUCCAGGAAACUCGCGGCGGUGUAAUUUUUGAAUCAAGACUAAACACACCCCAAAGUAUUCCUGAACCCGUCAGGAAAGCUGCUGCUUGGUUUAUCUUCCAGGAAUAAUUCAGGCCAGCUCAGGCUUGAACUCAGCCUGGUUUUACCCCUAGAUAAUGAUUGUUUUUGAGGAAAUAAUGAGAGCAGGCCGUGAUCUUUCCAGAAGGCUGGGACCUGACGCACCAAGCUGUUCCAGGAGGUGGAUGGAGAUAAAUUCAUGAGAGGGGCCAAUGUCUGGAGGCUGGAAGAGCAGCCUGGAGUAUCCAUGGCCUCCAAAAACUCACACAGACACAGUUUCCCCAGGAAUUGUGGGAUGGAGGUGUUGGGUUCUGCCAUAUCUCAGAUUUUUCCCUCUAGGAGAGAACAUUCAGCCACCUCGGGGGGUCCCAGAACACCCAAAAACCUUCAGCAUUUUUAUGGUUGGGGUUUUUUUUCCAGGGUGGAUACUGUGAAAAGUCAGGAAGGGCCAGGUGUCCUUGAUUUGUUCAGCCAGGGUGAAGAAAUGUGGAUUAAGUGCCUGGUAAAAGCCAAAAAAAGGCGUGUUUAAAGAGAAAUCCCAGUCUCUGUCAGAGCUGUUGAGCCAGGAUUGAAUUUUCCCAAAUCCAGGUGCAGCUGCAGGGCUCUCCAUCCAUUUUUAGCCCAAAUUUAGCCACACAUCCUGCAUAAACACCUACAGCAUGGACUGUGCCUUCUGGGGGGCUUCUUGCAGGCUGGGGCUCAAAAUCCAACAUCCCCCAAGCCAGGAUUUGGCUCUGAAUAUUCCCUUUAAAAUCCAAGUGUAAAGUGAAUUUCCAGGGCUCGGCCGCUGUUUUUAUUUUGGUGAAUCAAGUGGUUUGUGCUUGGUGAGAGCUGUCCCUGUGCCAGGGGCUGCUGGAAAUAGUCACAACAUCCAGAAGAGCUGGAAUUCUGCAUUUUUUUAAUAGCAAUACAACGAGGGGAAGCUGCUAAAUGGAGCUUCUUGUAAGCUGGAAAUGUGUUGGAGUGAAAUUUGUCAUUUCUUGUAGGGAAAAAAAAAACCACCAACCUAAACAACUCUCUAAAAUUGUCCAAAAUCUUCAGUUUAAGGAUUUGCAGUUUUAUUGGCAAAGAUCCAUGUUUAGCAUCAAUAGAUGGGAUUUCUAGACUUUAUUUCUUAAGGUGUGAAGUCUGCUUUUUCUGGAGAUGGUGGGAAACCUGUAACAAGAAUAUUUCUGCAUCAUUUUGGCUACCAAAAAAAAAACCCCAAACACCAAAAUAUGAGCAAAAAAUGGAGAAGCACCCAGAUCCCAGGGGUCUCUGGUGUUGAGGAGGGCACACAAACAUGUUAGGAUGGAGAAGACUUUCCAACCUGCUGUAAUGCAAGCCCUCAUUUUACUUCAUUUUUAGGAUUCUUUUUUUUUUUUUUGCAGUUACAUCAUUUGGUUGCUUAACUGUGAAAGUCUCUGCUUUUCCAUCCCUGUGGAAGGCUGAUUAUUUUUUCUCAUGUUCUUAUUUAUUAUUUAUCCCUUUCUGGUCCUUUCCAAGAGGUGCUGAAGGUAUCUCCCAGCCUGCCCUGGAGCCAUGUGGAAUCCCUGUGGUUUCUCACACCAGCUGGGAUGGCAGUAGACACCUAAUUAGGAUUUUAAAUUAUAUUUAUAGCAACUUAGAUUAUUUUUCUUUUAGUGUCCUGGUUUGCUCUAGAAUUAGGGAUGGGGUUAGGGAAUCUUGUUUUUAAAAAAUCGUAUUUUUUGGAGUUUUCUUUUAACAUCUUGGGGGCUUCUGAAGAAACCUGCUCACUUUUAUGUUUUUAGGAGGGAAGCAUGAGGUGGGUUUCUUGCUCCUUUGAGAGGGGAUUGAGUAGCACCAGGGUUCAGUUUAGCUGGUAAAAUGCUCUGUGUCACAUCAUUAAAACCACCCUGAAUUCUGAGAAAACAACCACUCUCCACCUGGAAAUUAAAAUCUGCUUGGUGACAAACUUGGUUUGUCCAGGGCUCGUGCCAGGCUUUUCUCUGUCAGAUUUCCAGGGAGUUUGCAGAGCCCUGGGUGCUCAGGGUGGGCCGGGCAGGGCAGGGGACAGCCAGGUGUCACCUCUGGGAUGGAGGACACAUGUCCUGCAGGAAUAAUGCAGCAAUCCAUCUGCAGCUUCCUGCUCUCCAGGGGAUGUGGAGGGAAUCCCUGAAGUGUGGGAGAGAAUCAGGACUGGGGGCUCAAAACCCAUCAGGUUUUGUUCUUUUUAUUCCCUUUCUCCCCUUGGAAAGGUGCUUCCAAAGCCUCCCCAGCCUUUCUGCUAAAGGAUAACACAAUCAGAGAACCACGGAGCCAGUUAGGGGAGAAAAACCUUUAAAAUCAUCGAGUCCAACCAAAAACUCAGCACUGCCAAGGCCACCACUCCCCCAUGUCCCCAAGUGCCACAUGCCCACGUUUUAAGCCCUUCCAGGGAGGUGACUCCAGCCCUGCCCUGGCAGCCUGGCUGCUGUGGUGCUGCUGCUUUCAGGCAGCUCACGCUGCUCCUCUGGUUUGUUUUCUUUCCCCAACGUAUAAGAAACGUUGGGUAGCAGAAUGUGGAAUUGAUUAGAAGUUCAUAAAGCAGGGACCUCAGAAGGAUGUGGGUAUAAAUGCUUUUCAGGCAUCCGAGGUGAACUUUAAAUGGAGCUUUGGCCCUCAUUUGCUUUCUGCUUUUCAAAAACCAUUUAUGAGAAAGUGGAGCUGUCAAAGCCAUGCAUGAACUUUGCCUUCUUGCAAAUAACUUGUCUCAAAGUCAAUUGUCCAAAUGCACAAGAAACUUGUCUCAAAGUAACUCCAGUAGCUCUACAAAGCUGGAAUUGUGUGCAUUAGAGGGUGUGAGAGGUGUGUGUGUGUGUGUGUGUGUGAGCACGUGUUGUGCUUGGGGGUGUGCAGGGAGUAACUCAACCAUCUUGAGAUUUACAAAAACACAAUGCAAGUGCUUUUAGAGAAAAAAAAAAAAAAGGCAGCGUAAAAUAUUUAUUUCUUGGCAGAAGUACAUCGGACCGCAUCUCCCAUCCUUCUUUUAAUUGCUUGGUGUUUGUUUGUGUUGUCUCAGGCUUUGCUGGUUUCCUCUGCAGGGCUCUGUCACCUCACACAACCCCUCUGUCAGCCAGGGCACGGGGCAGCUCCAGCCCCUCAGGAGAGCCCUGGGGUGCAGGCAGGGGGCAAAGGCAGAGCUGGGGCUGGGUUAAAGGCAGCACAGUGCAACGGGGCUGAUUUCCAGUUCUCAGCCUUGUGGAGGGAAUUCUUUCCUUGUGAGACUCCAAACCACCACAGCCUGAGGCAGAGCCCGAGUCACAGCCUUGGGGAGGGUGCUUGGCCAGCCAGAGCAGCUUGGAGGGGGUGAGGUGGCACUGGGUGGCUGGGAGGUGGCACUGGGUGGCUGUCAGGUGGCACUGGGUGGCUGGCAGUGUCCUGUGGGCUUUGCCCAGGGUUUGGAGCUGCCCUGUGCAGGGUGGAUGCUCUGAGCUCCCGUUCCCAGCUGGGUGCAGACACUGCCAAGCUCACGUCCUUGUGCUCCAGAGUCCUUCUGAGGUCACCUGGCUGCACAGCUACACGUCCCCUCCCCCUGGCUCCACCUGCAGCACUUCCCUGUGCUGCCUUCACCCAUCUCUGCUGUCCCUGGUGCCCUGGAGAUGAGCAGGGGUGGCAGAGUGGCAGUAGGACUGUGUGUGUAACGUUUGAGAGGCUUUUACUCCAUGUUGAUGUUUUAAUGAGAUGCUUUUAAGGAUCCAUGCUGAACUGGUAUUCUUUAACCUUCACUGCCACAGAUUCUUUCUCCCCACCCUCUUAAUUUCAAUCAGAUUGGCAAAAUACAUUUGGCUUGAAAAAAAAAACAACCCAACCAACUCCAAACCCUGCUGAUGGGAUAAGUUACUCCUCUUUACUGUGCUUUGAUUUGAUUUCUCAGGAUACUCAGAGGUUUUUCACUGCUGCUGAGAGGGGACAGUACACCUUUUUGGAGACUUCAACCACUGUAACAGUUUUCCAGAUGUGAGUGUGCGUGUGCGUGUGUGUAAGCCAGCGCUGUGCGUGCGUGUGUUCUGCUGAAUAUCGUGUGCAUCUCUGAACUGCUUCAAACAACUGCCUGGAAGUCAAAAACCAACCACCUCUUUCCAGUCAUAUGUUUGCCGUGACUUUUCAUAACCACACUUGAAACUAGUGGUCUUGGAUGGAAAUAUUCAAAGAGCAGGGCAUCUUUAUAGCAAUGGUAUGUCAGUUGAAUUACGGGAAAUGUACACAAAAAUAAAUAAAUGAAAUUUAAAAGGAA